AUGGCCGCCGUCUCCGGUCCCUCCACUGCUCGCCACCCCUCGCCGUUCAAGAGGCAUUCAAAGCCUACCGUCCGGCCCUCUGGCUCGAGCUCGCACCAAGUGGCCGACCCGUACUACGGCCAUGAAGAGACCGCGAAGCUUUGCGCGCGCUUUGUCACGCAUCUGUUUGCGUGUCCGGACCUGCCACCAUUAGUAUCCACCUCCAUCCCUCCCGCCGUCCCACUCCCCCUCGCCAGUUUCAUUGCAUACGCCCUCCAUCGAACGCGAUUGCAUACAUCGGUCACUUUCGCCGCUCUCUACCUCCUCCAGCGAAUGAAGGCCCGCUUCCCCGCCGCGCGAGGAUCGUCAGGUCACCGCCUGUUUAUCACCAUAUUCAUGAUAGCAAGCAAGGUCAUCUGCGACGACACCUACUCAAAUAAGUCGUGGUCCAUCGUCGGCCGGGGCAUGUUCGCACUCCGGGAAAUCAACCAGAUGGAGAGGGAGAUGUGCUCCUACCUCGAGUGGCAGCUCAACAUCGAGCCCUCAGCCCUCAAGGAGUUCGAGCACAAGGUCCGGCGCGACUUCAAGGGUUUCGGACCGUAUCCUACGUACGUUCUCCCCUCACCCGCGCCAUCACCAAUGCCCUCCACCACCCCCUACACCGCUCCGUCCGCGCCAGCACCCGUGUUUACGAACAAGACGCAGCAGCCGCCUUCCACUUCGCCAUCCAAGCCCAUCCCCCCUCCCGUUCACGUGCGCGCAGGCGCCCCGCCCAGCAUCUACCCGCGCGCGAACCCGGUCGUCUGGUGA